GAGGGAGGAAGGCCCAACUUUUACCACAAUUUAAAAAAACAACUUUCGAGGGUGUGGUGUAGCAGUGAGGCACAGACCCGAUUAGUUGGAAAAAGCAAUCCCCGAGUUUCAAGAGUCUGCAUCCACCCGUACUCCUCCGUGUGUGUCUCGAACCGAGCGCCCUCGUGGCCCCUCGAUGCAAAGCGGCGCGGCGGGCGCCUCACGUCUGCGCGCUGCGUGGGAAGGGCAGGGCUGACACCACUUCCUCCCCGAGGCGGCGGACCUGAGCCCGGGUGGAGUCCAGUGCGCCGCGUCGCCUGCCCCGCCGCUGCCCCGCCGCCGGCCCGCGCCCCGCCCGCGCGGAGUCCCAGCCGAGCUCCGCCGAGUCCCCACGCAGUCGUCGAGAUGGGUGAGUCAAAUGAAGAUAUAGACCAAAUGUUCAGCAAUUUGCUGGGAGAGAUGGAUCUCCUGACCCAGAGUUUAGGAGUUGACACUCUUCCUCCUCCUGACCCCAAACCACCCAGAGCUGAAUUCAACUACAGUGUGGGUUUUAAAGAUUUAAAUGAGUCCUUAAAUGCACUGGAAGACCAAGAUUUAGAUGCUCUCAUGGCAGAUCUGGUAGCAGACAUAAGUGAGGCCGAGCAGAGGACAAUCCAGGCACAGAAAGAGCCCUCUCAGAAUCAGAAUCAUCCAGCACCCCUGAACAUACCAGAUUUCAGCGGUGCAGCCGCUCUUGGUUAUGGAGCAAAUGUUGCUGUAACUAGUGUUAGCCAGUAUGAGGAUGAUUUACCACCUCCGCCAGCUGAUCCCAUGUUAGACCUUCCACUGCCGCCACCACCUCCUGAACCUCUCUCUCAGGAAGAAGAAGCAGCCCUAGCCAAGGCUGAUAAAAUUAAGCUAGCAUUGGAAAAACUGAAGGAAGCCAAGGUCAAGAAGCUUGUUGUCAAGGUGCACAUGAAUGAUAACAGCACUAAAUCGUUGAUGGUGGAUGAGCGGCAAUCAGCCCGGGAUGUUCUAGACAACCUUUUUGACAAAACCCAUUGUGACUGCAGUGUAGACUGGUGUCUUUAUGAAAUAUACCCAGAACUUCAAAUUGAAAGGAUUUUUGAAGACCAUGAAAAUGUUGUUGAAGUCUUAUCAGACUGGACAAGAGACACAGAAAAUAAAGUGCUAUUUUUGGAGAAAGAGGAAAAAUACGCUGUAUUUAAAAACCCCCAGAAUUUUUACUUGGAUAACAAAGGAAAAAAAGAAGGGAAGGAAACAAGUGAGAAAAUGAAUGCUAAGAACAAGGAAUCCUUACUUGAGGAAAGUUUCUGUGGAACAUCUGUCAUUGUGCCAGAACUUGAAGGAGCUCUUUAUCUGAAAGAAGACGGAAAGAAAUCCUGGAAAAGGCGCUAUUUUCUUUUACGGGCUUCUGGAAUUUAUUAUGUACCCAAAGGAAAGACUAAGACAUCUCGAGAUCUGGCAUGCUUUAUACAGUUUGAAAAUGUCAACAUUUACUAUGGGAUUCAGUGUAAAAUGAAAUAUAAAGCACCCACUGACCACUGCUUUGUUUUAAAGCAUCCCCAAAUUCAGAAGGAGUCCCAGUAUAUCAAAUAUCUCUGCUGUGACGAUGCAAGAACCCUAAACCAGUGGAUCAUGGGAAUAAGGAUUGCCAAGUACGGGAAGACUCUCUAUGAUAACUAUCAGCGGGCUCUGGAGAGGGCCGGGCUCGCCUCUCGGACGAACCUGAGUACUGUUGGUGCAGUUCCACCAGCCCCACCUGCUACAGGACCUAAAGCAGGCACCACCCAGGCCAAUGGGCAGAUUCCCCAGGCUGCACAUUCUGUAAAUGCGGUUCUUGAAGAAGCCCAGAGGCAGGCAGAAACUACUAAGGACAAGAAGCCAGCUCUUGGUAACCACGACCCAGGAACACCCAGGGCCCAUCACCUUCCAAAGUCCAGCCUGCCACCGCCCCCUCCCGUGCGAAGGUCUUCAGACAUCUGCGGCAGCCCAGCGACAACCCCCAGGGCCAAGGGCAUGAGCAGCGGCUUCCCUGCGCCGCCGCCCGACGACUCUCUGCCACCACCCCCGCCGCCACCGCCCCUGGAGGACGACGAGGAGCUCCCUCCGCCGCCCCCCGAUUUUAACGAAGGGCCCCCGGACUUCGUGCCUCCCCCACCGCCGUCGUUUGCAGGGGAUGCUGGGUUAUCAUUACCGCCCCCGCCCCCGCCCCCACCUGCACUCAACUCUCCGAAGCCGCCCCCCGUUGCCAGCAAAAGACCUCCCGCUCCCCCGAAGAGGAAAGAGAAUCCAGGACCACCUGGUGGAGUAGGGAGCGGAGAGCAAGAUUUCAUGUCCGAUCUCAUGAAAGCUUUGCAAAAGAAAAGAGGCAACAUGUCCUAAGGGAAACAGAUAAAUAUGUUUGUGUGAUGGGUAUAAUCAUUUCUAACCUCAAGUACAUUUUUGCUACUUUAUCUUCAUGACACCUUAUUCAUUUUAGAUAAAAUAUUGACGCAUUCAGACUAGAAAUGGUGUAAAACGUCUCACUGCAGCGCAAAUAUGUUCAUAAUCAUUAACCUAUAACGGAAGCAAGAGUAUCUGCCUAAAUGUACAUACCUUUCCUAUGUGUUUCCACCUCCCUGAAUUCGUUUUCCCUUACAAAUUAACUGGAAUGUUUUAUGUUUAUUUUAUUGUGUUCAGAAGCAUCGAAUUAAUAAAAUUUAAAAGUCUUCCUUGA